UUCUCCACCUUUUCCUAUCCCUUUCCCCCUCCUUACCUUACUUUUUCUUUGGGUACCCAUCUUAAAGACAAACAAACAUGUCCAGCAGGUCAAGGAUCACUGAGGAGGAGAUCAAUGAGCUCAUCUCCAAGCUACAGUCUCUUCUUCCUGACCAGGCUCGCCGCCGCGGCUCCAGCAGGGCUUCGGCGACGAAGGUGUUGAAGGAGACGUGCAACUACAUCAAGAGCCUCCACCGCGAGGUCGACGACCUGAGCGACCGCCUCUCCGACCUGAUGGCCAGCAUGGACAGCGAUAGCCCGCAGGCGGAGAUCCUCCGCAACCUCCUUCGUUCUUAAGCUCAAGUUACGCCUCCUUGAUUCCUCGCGCUUAGGGUGUCUUAGCUAGAUCUCAAUGUACUUAUUUUAUAAGCUUAUUAAUUAGGGCUUAAUUAGGAACUCAGCUUAUGGCUUAUAGCUACAGCUACCUCUUAGUUUUCUUCUUCUUCUUCUUCUUCUUCUUCUUCUUUUUGGGUUUACUUCGUAUAUCGGGUGUGGUUCGAGUUGUUUCUCCCAAGACAACCGACCAACCCUAUGGUUUUAUAAUAUUAUGUAAUCCAGUUUCUACUUAGUUCCUGCAUUAUGUUAGACAUAUAAUAUAAGCUUAAUUGGUCUACUUCUUGGUUAUGGUUCCGGCUCCUGCUCCGGCUCUGGCUCUAUCCAUUCGCAUGUGAAAGGGGCUGUUACUUAAAUAUAAAUAAAUUCCAAUAUUUUUUGCAUUAUUA